GCACUGGACCACAUCAAAGCUGCCGUUGGCCUUCACGCACAAGUCGAGCGAUACACGGUGCUUCAAGGCCAUUUGUGAGACGCCUCUUCUAGGCGCCAACUCAUUUCUUGGGCGGAAGAAAAAUGCCUCGGAUGAGGAAGGCAGCAGCAGCAGCAGCUGAUGCUGCUGCUGGGCAGGCUGCUUCCGCCCCUGUUGCACCGCCAGCCGCGACGUCGGAAGACGACAGGAAUGGGAUGGGAGUGAACCCUGAAGAGGAACUGGAGGCGCAUCUUGAGGGCAAAGCUAGAACCGAAGCGGAAAGGACAGCCGGGCAGCGUGAUGGGCAAGAUGAGGCGGAAGCUGCUGCCAACGCUGAAGCAAAAGGAGAUGGCAGUGAUGGUGACGAUGGUGAUGGUGAUGGUGAUAUUGAUGGGGUCGUGCAGAGCAUGCAGGGGGAACAACAGGAUGCUGGAGCUUCGACGAGCAAACUGAGCAUGGCGGACCGGAUGUCGAAGAUGAAAGAGCUGCGCAAAAAGAUGAAUGAUUCUUCGCAGGCCAAUAGACGAGCAGUAGCUCAAGAAGCGUCUCGAAACAAGUCUUCUCGUUCCGCCACAAGCUCUUCGCGCAAAUUUCUCAAAGCCGAGCGCAUUUUAGACGAGCGCGACCAGCUCUCUCGCGGUGAAGAUCCCACACGAGCGCGGAAUUGGACCUACUCGAUCGAAGAUGCGGAGCGCUGGAACGAGAAGCUGCAAAAUAAGGAGGUGAGAAGAGACAAGGGAGAUGAGGAUGCGCAGAGCUCGGCGGAGAGGGGGUACAAUAGGAAGAUCAAGGACAUGAAACCGGAUCUGAAUGGGUAUAGGAAAGCCAAGGAGGCUGAUUUGGGCGUUGGAUCCGCCGCAAGUUCGAGCUCAGGAGCUUUGAUCAGGACUUCUUCGGGCUCGAGCCAAAUGGCACGUCGAGGAGAUGUGCAGAUCCCAACUUUGCAGUCGCUUUCUUACGGCACGCACAAACCAAACGAAGAAGCCCUGGACAAGGUCAUCUCUCACAUGAACGUCGAAAGCACCUUCAAAGCCAACAGGUCCAGAAAGAGAGCAGAAGAUCCGGAUGCCGAAGUCAAUUACAUCAACAACGAGAACAAACACUUCAACAACAAGAUCAGGCGGUUCUACGACGAGUCGACGAGGACUAUCAGAGAGAAUCUGGAACGCGGCACCGCCCUCUGAGCGUUCCAUGGCGUUCUAUAUUCUCCGCAGAGAAAUUCUUGCAACCCCACCCCCCUCCCUCUCUUCCC